AUGGUGGAUAAAAACAUGACAGGCCAGAUGAAGGCAGAGAGAGACGCACUUGCUUUGAGCAAGAGCCCCUUCGUGGUUCACCUGUUCUACUCCCUGCAGACGGCCACCAAGAUCUACCUGGUGAUGGAGUACCUCAUCGGCGGAGAUGUCAAAUCUCUGCUUCACAUCUUUGGAUAUUUUGACCAGGAUAUGUCUGUGAAAUACAUCUCAGAGGUCGCACUUGCUUUGGACUACCUCCAUCGUCAUGGUAUAAUCCACAGGGACUUGAAGCCGGACAACAUGCUCAUAUCCAACGAAGGUCACAUCAAAUUAACAGAUUUUGGCCUUUCUAAGGUCAAGCUUGACAGAGAGCUGAGUCUCAUGGAUAUCCUGACGACUCCUUCCUUGGCUAAACCAAAAAAAGAUUACUUCCGCACCCCGGGUCAAGUCCUCUCCUUAAUCACCUCCCUUGGAUUUAAUACACCUGCAGCAGAGGGCAAGCGUCACUGCAGCGCAUCAGCUGUAUCCAGCCCCAUGUGCUGCAGCAAGAAGAAACAGAAGAACAACUCUCUCGGUUCUCCCAUGAUGAAGAAAGAUCAGCUGAACUCCCCGACUCGCUUCCCCUGGAAAAUGGGACCUAACGCCAUUAUGUUUAGUCCUCAUAACUUGGCAAAAAAUCUGACUCCCACUCUGCUGAAGUCCAGGAAGAGGUUUGAGACGAUGAGUGCAGGCAGCACCACGGACACUGAAGGUGGCAUCAGUCCACUGUGGGAGUGUGAGGAGAAAGAAAAUGAACACACCAAUGAACAGAAGGGGAGAGGAGAGUCCAAAGGGCCCGAGCAGGACCGCGUGCCCACAAAACCGGACACUGCCAAGGCGACCAGCAAUCCGAUCUCAAAUAAGUCAAAUUCAGAUCACGUUACUGAAAAUAAACCUCACGCCAACAAAGCGGGGACUGUCUCCGCAGCUCGGGAUGAUUCUUGCGUGACGGCCUCGGCUGUAAAGAGAACAUUUUCUGACGUCGAGAGAAGUCCAGAGCAAUUUCAGAUCCAAGCCAAGAAGAGUAAUGCGCAGUACAAGAGAUGCUUCGAGAUUCCAGAGGAGGCUGCGCGGUUUCACACUGGACUGACUGGAGUGUUUUCCGGCAUCCAAAUAGGCGACUUCAUGGCCUCCACAGAGGGGAUUGGGCUAGAUGAAGGCCGCGCCCCUAUGCGCUCCAGUCCCAUCACCGUAGCCAAGAGUCUGUUUUGUGAACUGGAAGAGCCGACGGAGGACGUGUUUGACGAUGGAGCCAAAGACUUGUUGCAUUCAAGUUUCACAUCGCCGCUCACUGGGAACAGUGACGUUUGCAGGAGCUUGAGUCUCGACUCUGACGGGUCCAUGCAUGAAACGUCUCUCACCAUUGACAGCCGUGCAUCUGCCAAGCCUUCCAAAAACAGGAAUUCGCCGUCAUCUGAGGAGCAAGAGGGAAAUAAAGACUCAUCCAUUAAUGAAUCGCUACAGACUCCGUCUGCCGCUUCCAGAGAAACACCAAAACUUGGCAACUUUGGCCGGAGAAGCGAAUCUCAGUGUUCCUUCCUGAACCGGCUCCCUGAUCUGGGUUGCGGCGUCGCACAGUCCCCCUCGUUCCUCAAGCCGCGAAACGUCGUCAUGUUCCGUAGCUACUGCAGCUCCAUUAACCGCUCCAACAUGUCGGGCGUGUCCCGACUUAGCAUCGGGUCCGUCGAGGCUAUGGAUCUGUCCACGGCAGCCUCUUAUCACUCUGCGUCCGGCAAUGCGACACCAGUGCAGAGAAGGGUCAGCUCCAACAGCUCUCUCUGUCGGACUCCUCAGCCCAUGUCGACGUCUCACACUCCCUUCAGGACUCCGAAGAGCGUCAGACGGGGUGCGCUGCCCGUUGAAGGUGCACCCAUUUUAGGAACUCCUGACUAUUUGGCUCCGGAGCUUCUUUUGGGAAAACCACAUGACUUCAUGGUGGAUUGGUGGGCGCUCGGCGUCUGUCUCUUCGAGUUCCUCACGGGCGUGCCGCCUUUCAAUGACGAGACGCCUCAGCUGGUCUUCCAGAAUAUCCUCAACAGAGAACUCAAAUGUCACCCCCUGUUUGAGGGCCUGGACUGGGAAAACCUGCAGAACCAGCCGAUGCCCUUCAUACCUCAGCCAGAGGACGAAACCGACACCUCCUACUUUGAGGCGAGAAACAACGCUCAGCACAUCGCCGUGUCUGGCUUCAGUCUAUAG